GUUUGCACUCCACUGUGCCGCAUUUGGAGCAGCUGGUCCUAGCAAUCCCGCUCGUGCCCGUGCCGAUCCAUGACAUCAUUAAGGGUAGGCUAAAGGGGUAGGCCUGUUACCGUUUGUUUUGACUAGUCUUCUGAAUUGGGAAGAUGAGCAUUACAUCAAACGGGAAACAGAAACACCAAGAGGGUACGUCUAAUAUCACAUGGGGCAGGAAGAUGCGCGAGGAGCAAGCUGCUGAUCUUCUGUUUCUGCUCCGUUCUUGGGUGGAGGCUCUGCGUCGAUGGCCGAAGUUGGAGAGAAUCGAUGGCUUUGACUUCUCAAGGAUAAGGCUAGUUGUCAAUCACUGUAUCUAUAGUUUGAUGUGGACUGAAGGAAAGAUCCCUACAGGCUCCUGUCAGUGAAGAUGGCAACUACAGGGACGCAUGUUGGAUGAGAAGUCAAGGGGACGAUGCACUAAUAUGGACUCUGAAGAGCAGAGAUAUUCUCCUCUUAACCACCUCCGCCAGAGAGAGUUAUUGACUAGCUCUAACGAGACGUGACAGUUGCAGAGCCUUGUCUGACUGUUUGCAGUAUUAUCUUCGAGAAGGCAAAAGGCUGCGAAAACAAGUCGAUAGAACUUUACUAGCAGAGGUUUUAUUAAGGCUUACAACUUAACAAGUACCCUAAUCGGUUUUGAUCCAUCUUCUUCUUCUUCAGAAGAUGUGUCUGUGUGUAGGAUGAUCGGCGUCUUCCAGAUUGAUUUUGAUGGGAGAUUGAUUAGGCGUAGCUUUUUUACAAUCGACAACAUUCCCUAUCAAUCUCUUUUUCUUUUCUCCUCUCUCACUGAUAAGAUGGGAGAGUUCACUCUAAGGUUGGAGAUCUUAAAGGAUCUGGGAAGAAAAAGCAACAUAAAAUGGUUUCUUUACGAGGGCGGAGGCGGGUCAGAUGAAAUGUACCGUGCUUGGACCGAAAUCGAUUUGUUCUUGGACUCAGUGCCUCGCUGGCUGAAGAUGGAAGCGUGACUGCUUCUAUUUAUAGAUCAUCG